GUCCCUCUCAGUCGAUGCCGUAUCUUUGCUCUAUUUUGCCAAGGAUACUACCUAGCUCUAGCUACCGUAGCACCGAUAGAGCCCUCCACUCAUCACAAUUCUGUCAAUCAACUUUGUUGUUGUGGGGCUUUGAAUUCAUCCUCAUAGAUGCAUAUGUCCGUGGCCCUUGUAGUCUGCUUGUGAUCUGAAAAUCUGAACCAUGAAGAAGUCUUACCGGUAUUGGAGGCAGAGCUUCAGAUUGUUCUUUCGUUUUUACAUUUUCUUGUUCUGUUCCGGGCAGCCUCAAGCACGUCCUUUCCAGCGAGAUGAUGAAUACAAUGAGGAAGUUUUGGAUCCCAUUUCUAUUUAUGGUUCUCCUUAUGGUGGUUACAGCAGAGCCACGCAAAGUCGCCUUGCGUCUCUGCCACUCAAGCUGCCGGAUCAGGUUCUACGCGACAAUGAUGCUCUUGAUGAUGAGGUUCAAUACUGGGAAAUUGCAGAUGGACUUGGUCGAAACUAUGCUUGUCGAGCCUACAAUGAAGAUGAUCUGGAACCUGAAAGUAUGAAAGAUAGUAUGUUUCAGGUUCCAACGGCAAGAACAUCAGUCGAUGUCGAGAAUCAAAAGAAUCGGGAUGUUGCCUUUCGGGCUGCCCGAGUUCUUGGCCAUGGCAGACGCAAAGUGGAUCCAGCGUUGCAUGAUCUAGAGGAUUCAUACGUCAAUGAGGAAGGUCUUGACGAUGAAGACGACUUUGGACCCGACGAAGAAAGAACCCUAGAUGACAGGACCAUCAAUGAAUUUACAAUCCUGGAUAUUGAACAAAAAGUGGAUGUUUUGGACAAUGUGUGUGUCCAGAAACGCAUCGGAUAUUGGACUUAUGAGUGGUGUUGGGAGGGAAAGAUUCAUAGGUUCCAUUUGAAUGUCCCGCCACAAGACGCAGACAACAACAAGAGGAUAAAAGUGGAACGAGUGUCCCUCCUAGGCUACCAUGACAACAGGAAGAUACGUGUUCCUUCAGAAGACUAUCCUUCUGCAUACAAACGAGAGCCUGAGGCCGAGCCAAUGGGUUGGAUCAAGGAAAGGUACACGGGCGGGGAUAGGUGCAAGGAAGCAGGAAACAGGAAGUAUAAAGUUAUCGUGAACAUUCGGUGCUGUACCGAGAAAGAAACACGAUCCUACUCGAGCACAACGCUUGUGAAAGGGACACCCACGGAUAUUGCGCUUGCAGCCCUAACCAGGAUACGUGAGGAUCCCAACCGGCCUUGUCGCUACAUUAUGGAUGUUUGCACGCCUGUAUUGUGCGAGGAGACGGACGUUUACGAUAUCUAUGAGCAGAUUGAUGAAUUGGGGCUGGAAGACGACGUCGUAUCUGAUGACGACAACGACGACGACAAACGGCGUCAUAAAAGCGAUGGCCAAUCGCCCCUCAACCAUUGAGUUUCUCACUGUUUCCAAUAUUCUGGAUGAGACUUUGGGGGACAACUGUCUGUACAGCGCCAGAGUAGGUUGGUGGACCUAUGAAUAUUGCCACAAACACUACAUCCGACAGUUUCAUGGCCCUGAAAACGCUAGUGGAAAGGCCAAACCAAACUUCAAAAAGACAAACCCAGCAGAUGACACACACUUCCUCUUAGGAUACUACAACAAAGAUAGGGAUCCAUUGUCAGAACCUGAAGAAUGGAGGCACAUUGUCAAUAGAACUUCCGAUACUUUGCUGGAAGGUCUCCAUGGCACCGUUCGCCAUGGUGGAAAUGGCGCUUACUUUGAGCUUGAAUACACAAAUGGGGAAGUGUGCUUGCUGGAAGAUCCAUCCGAAAACGAGUUUCCCGCCAUGGAGCGUGCAUGUACCGUGCGAUUGUCUUGCGAUAGCACUUUUGCUGUAUCUGUGCAAGAAGACAGCACAUGCCAUUAUAUCGUUGAAGUGACGAUACCAUCCCUAUGUCGUCAUCCUCUCUUCAAGCCAGCAACGACCAGAAAACGGAUUGUCAAGUGUCUGGAAACGUUCGACGAACAAGGCUAGCUAGAUCGGGCUACCGGAAUACUUGGGGGGUUGAUAACCCCGAAGCAAAAGGGCAGCCUGGUUUGCAAUCAAACACGCUGCGUUUUUUGUAAACUGAAGCCCCAAAGUCGCUCCUCCAGCAUCUAGUAGGGUGGGAUGAAACUCAGUGAAUGAAGGUUUCUGUUGCUCGCAACGCGGCCAACCACUACCGGUACGCCUUGACGAAGCCUGAAGUGCGGGUACCGGACUUCGGAUGCACGAACAAAGAGCUGCGAGAUUACGUGUAAAGUGCACACCCUGCUGUUGGCGUUGAUAUCGGUACCAAAGGCCAGGUGUUUGCACCUGGUGCAAAUCAAAUCGUGGCGCAUGCGCGUUGGUACCACAAGCUACUUCCACGUAUACCGCUACAUAUAUCAUUUUGGGCCCACAGGAGUUACAAUUGUUGACGGAACUGCCGUUUCUUGCCCAUCUGGGAAGGGUAUGAUUGCCAUGUUAUACUUCUAGCUACGGUAGCUAGUACCGGUACUGGAGCUAUGGGUAGCAGCUUCUUCAAGGCUUGAGCGGCUUAAAGGAUAAAAACCAACUCUUGCCUCGCCCAUCAUCAAGAAGGUUGGCUUUCCGUUCGCUAACUGCGUUAUUAGUUAGUUACAUAGUUGUACGUACCGGUACCGUAC